AUAAUUACCACGAUAUCCUUUUUUGGCAAUUGGGGUCAAACCCGCUUACCUUCUCCCUCCUAUAAGACGCACUACAUACAUAUUGAAAUCACAUUCACAAAUCCUCUCAAGCCCACAACGAAAAAUAAACAAGAAACAAAAAAAAAAGAAUGUCCUUUCUCAUGAGCUUCUUUGUUAUAGCGUUUCUUAUAAUCAUCAUCUCAAUCUUUUCAUCGUCUUCAACUAAGAAAACUCAAGAAACAAAUGUAAAUGGACCGCCGUCGUAUCCACUCAUUGGUUCCAUACUCUCUUUCAACAAAAACCGUCACCGUCUUCUCCAAUGGUACACCAAACUCCUCCGUCUCUCACCGUCGCAAACCAUCACAAUUCCUCUCCUCGGAAACCGUCGUACCAUCGUCACAACAAACCCAGAAAACGUUGAAUAUAUUCUCAAAACAAACUUUUUCAACUUCCCGAAAGGUAGACCUUUUACUGACCUCCUCGGUGAUCUCCUCGGACAAGGAAUAUUCAACGUAGACGGUCACUCAUGGAGCUCGCAACGUAAACUCGCUAGCCAUGAGUUCUCGACUCGUUCGCUAAGGAGUUUCGCUUUCGAGGUUCUUAGAGAAGAAGUUGAAACACGUAUUGUACCUGUUCUUUCGACAGCAGCUGAUGUCGGUACGACCGUUGACUUGCAAGAUGUUUUCAAACGUUUUGCUUUCGAUGUUGUUUGUAAAGUCUCGUUGGGUUGGGACCCGGAUUGUUUGGAUUUGACCCGACCCGUUAACCCACUUGCGGAGGCGUUUGAUACCGCGGCUGAGAUUAGUGCUCGCCGUGCCACGGAGCCUCUUUACGCUGUUUGGAAGGCGAAGCGUGUGUUGAACGUGGGAAGCGAGAGGAGGUUGAGAGAAGCGAUCAGGACAGUACACGAGUUGGUUUCCGAGAUUGUCAGAGCUAAAAGGAAGAGUCUCGAGAUUGGGACCGGACAAGAAGCCAAACAAGAUCUUCUGUCGAGGUUUCUAGCGUCCGGACACGACAGCGAAGCGGUGAGGGACAUGGUUAUUAGUUUCAUCAUGGCGGGAAGGGACACUACGUCAGCGGCGAUGACGUGGCUGUUUUGGUUGUUAUCUGAAAACGAUGACGUGGAAAAGAAGCUAUUACAGGAAGUGGAGCCGUUGAUGAGUUUAGGGCUAGGGUUUGAGGAACUAAAAGAGAUGAGCUACAUGAAGGCUUGUUUAUGUGAAGCCAUGAGGCUUUAUCCACCUGUGUCGUGGGACUCUAAGCAUGCUGCGAACGACGACGUUUUACCCGACGGGACUCGUGUAAAGAAAGGAGAUAAAGUGACUUAUUUCCCGUACGGAAUGGGGAGGAUGGAGAAUUUGUGGGGGAAGGACUGUGAGGAGUUUAAACCCAGCCGAUGGUUUGAUUCUGAACCGGGGAUUACAGAACCGGUUUUAAAACCCGUUAGUCCUUUCAAGUUUCCGGUUUUUCAGGCAGGACCGAGGGUUUGUAUAGGGAAGGAGAUGGCGUUUAUGCAGAUGAAAUUUGUUGUUGGUUCUGUUUUGAGUCGGUUUGAGAUUAUACCCGUUAGUAAGCACAAACCAGUUUUUGUUCCUCUCUUGACGGCUCAUAUGGCUGGGGGACUCAAGGUGAAGAUCAAGAGAAGAGAAAUCAAGUGACAUUCUUGACUACAUUUUAAUAGAAUAAUUUAGAAAAAUGCAAAAUGAGUGGAUUUAUAUAUUAUAAACUAGAAACUAGCGGUCGGUUAAAGACAUAACCAAACAAAAUUGGAUUGAUCAUAACCAAUACAAAAGCCAACUCAAAUUUGAAUGUAACGAUCUUUUGCAUAUAACUACUUUAGCAGUUGGUAUGGUGUUCUCUAAAAGUCUGGUUAAACUAUGUUUUUCUUUGUGUUUCCUUUCCUUUUUUUCAAUAGAUAACUUUUCCCAGUGCUGAAAACUUCAGAACCUAUAUUUGUGGAUCAGAGCGGAGACCGAAAGGGUAUGUUCCGUGGAUGUCUUAUGACUAUUAGCCAUGUGAUGUGAGAAAUACAUGACAGCUUGAUAGAGCAGCUUGAGAUGCUUUAUGAAUUCGUUUUAGCAGUCUUGUUUAAUGUUGACGAUUCAUAUAUUCUAUUAAAUACUGUUUUCUGCCUCCAAAAAGACAUCAAAUACUAUGUGGCCGCAAGUUUUCCUUGCCUUGAGAUCAAACAAGAAAAAAGUAGUGCUAAAAAAAGUCUUACAAUGCAAUGCAAUAUUCCUUGGUGGGAAACUGUCAGAUUAAAUCAAGAAAUGAUGCAACUAAAUUUGAAACACUCUGUUAAGUCUUCACCAAAACAAUCUGUUGAUCAUUUUAAUACAAGAGAACCUCAAAAUUCUCCCAUCGUAAUACACUGCUCUACAGAAAUUUACAAAAAUAGCUAUAGUUUACUUUUGUUAAUAUAUAUAUAAAAGUAAUUGACUAACAACAACCGACCUUAGCUCAGUUGGUAGAGCGGAAGACUGUAGUCUGUGACAGCAAAUCUUUAGGUCGCUGGUUCGAUUCCGGCAGGUCGGAUAAUUUUGCUUUUCACUCGAAAUUUUAUCAAUGGUUUGGUCAGCCAAUUAAUUAACCAAAUAUUUAUUGAGCACAACAAAAUUAAAGCCCUAGA